GUGCCGUAGCCGCGGUGUCAUUGCAUUCGGCGAUCGGGACAUUCGAAUCUUGGUUCUCUUGGGGGCUUGGGACGAGCUGCGCGGGCCGUGGUGACAGGCGGCGGGGGCGCCAGCGCGCAUCCCUCCCCCGCGGCGGGUAGAGAGGCGUGUGGACAACUGGUGUGACUUUGGAGAUCCGACCCCUCCUUCCGGCCAGCCUCGCGACGCGCCACCUUCCGAGACAGGCCACUGUGUCCGGCAGGCCGUGGAGGCUCAUGUGGGGACUUGGAACGUGUCCGGGAACCCGUGGCGUUGUGCGCACUGGUGAGUUUUGCGGGCGGGGUGGGAGCGGAGAAGACGUCGCGCUGGGUCCCUGCUCCCGCCCCUUUCCUGCUGUCCCCCCACUUUGAGAGAGUCAUUGAGAUCUGAGCGUGACUGCGGAGCCUGGAGGAUGCAGGCACCGGGCGCCGGCUUUCCCUCCUCCUGGAGUGAUGGAGAGGGCCGGUGAGCUGAACAAAGACACCCGCCCGGAGGAGCGGGUCCUCUGCUGAAGAGCACUGUCUUCGCCCCGCGACGGCCGCCUGCGGGCGAGAGCGUCGGCCGCGCAACUCCAGGAGUGGCGCGCUCUUCUGCGGGCGGGCGCGGAGCUGGAGCUGGGCACCUGCGCGCCGCUCCCGCCACAUCUCGGGAGCAUCCCUACUACCACCGGGUUGUUGCCGAAGGUCUACGUCUCCCGGGGUCCAAAGUCCAAAGGCAACCUGUUCGGGGUGCAGCGGGAAGAGACGCCGGGACCUUUAUCCUUUGCUGCCUCGUAGGAGGGACUGCGUGCUGUGGACGGAGCAGGCGUUUCGGGGACACUUUUGUAAGCCAGGGGCUUCCGCGUGAGUGAACACGCCUGGUGCCCAGCAGGCGCGUCCUCCCGGUGGACUCUGCCGCCUGAGUAUCGGCGUUUUGUGGACAUCAGCAACUGGGACCCCCCUCCCCCCUCCCGUGCUUCCUCCCGGGGCAUUGUCCGGUGCGAGGGGUCUGCACUGUCUCGGGCUGCCCUGCGCCUCGCAGGUGAGGCUGGUGGAGGCGUGGGUCCAAGGUAAGGACCGGCCGUGCUGUUUGAUGGCUUCACUGAGGAGAGUCAAAGUGUUGUUGGUGUUGAACUUGAUCGCCGUGGCCGGCUUCGUGAUCUUUUUGGCUAAGUGCCGGCCUAUCGCGGUGCGCAGCGGAGACGCCUUCCACGAGAUCCGGCCUCGCGCCGAGGUGGCCAACCUCAGCGCGCACAGCGCCAGCCCCAUCCAGGAUGCGGUCCUGAAGCGCCUGUCGCUGCUGGAGGACAUCGUCUACCGUCAGCUUAAUGGGUUAUCCAAAUCUCUCGGGCUCAUUGAAGGGUAUGGUGGGCGGGGCAAAGGGGGCCUUCCUGCCACCCUUUCCCCUUCUGAAGAAGAAAAAGCCAAAGGACCUCAUGAGAAGUAUGGCUACAAUUCCUACCUCAGUGAAAAGAUCUCCUUGGAUCGAUCGAUUCCAGAUUAUCGUCCUACUAAGUGCAAGGAGCUCAGAUACUCUAAGGAGCUGCCCCAAAUAUCCAUCAUCUUCAUCUUCGUGAAUGAGGCCCUGUCUGUGAUCCUGCGGUCAGUCCACAGUGCCGUCAACCACACACCCACACACCUGCUGAAAGAGAUCAUCCUGGUGGAUGACAACAGCGAUGAAGAGGAGCUGAAGGCCCCCUUAGAAGAAUAUGUCCACAAACGCUACCCUGGGCUGGUGAAGGUGGUACGCAACCAAAAGAGAGAGGGCCUGAUACGAGCACGAAUCGAGGGCUGGAAGGCAGCCACUGGCCAGGUCACUGGCUUUUUCGAUGCCCACGUGGAAUUCACUGCUGGCUGGGCUGAGCCUGUUCUGUCCCGCAUCCAGGAGAACCGGAAGCGGGUCAUCCUCCCCUCCAUCGACAACAUCAAACAGGACAACUUCGAAGUGCAGCGCUACGAGAACUCCGCCCACGGGUACAGCUGGGAGCUGUGGUGCAUGUACAUCAGCCCCCCAAAAGACUGGUGGGAUGCCGGAGACCCCUCCCUCCCCAUCAGGACACCGGCCAUGAUUGGCUGCUCAUUUGUGGUCAACAGGAAAUUCUUUGGUGAAAUCGGUCUGCUAGACCCUGGGAUGGAUGUGUAUGGAGGAGAGAAUAUUGAACUCGGAAUCAAGGUGUGGCUCUGUGGUGGCAGCAUGGAGGUCCUUCCCUGCUCAAGGGUGGCCCACAUCGAGCGGAAGAAAAAGCCGUAUAACAGCAACAUCGGCUUCUACACCAAGAGGAAUGCGCUCCGGGUAGCGGAGGUCUGGAUGGAUGACUACAAGUCGCACGUGUACAUAGCGUGGAAUCUGCCUCUGGAGAAUCCAGGGAUCGAUAUAGGUGAUGUCUCAGAAAGAAAAGCAUUGAGAAAAAGUUUGAAGUGUAAAAACUUCCAGUGGUACUUGGACCAUGUCUACCCGGAAAUGAGAAGAUACAAUAAUACUAUUGCGUACGGGGAGCUCCGUAAUAAUAAGGCCAAGGAUGUCUGCCUGGACCAGGGGCCGCUGGAGAACCACACAGCAAUACUGUACCCAUGUCACGGUUGGGGACCCCAGCUCGCCCGCUAUACCAAGGAAGGCUUUCUGCACUUGGGCGCUCUGGGGACCACCACACUCCUCCCCGAUACCCGCUGCCUGGUGGACAACUCCAAGAGUCGUCUGCCACAGCUCCUGGACUGUGACAAAGUCAAGAGCAGCUUGUACAAGCGCUGGAACUUCAUCCAGAAUGGAGCCAUCAUGAAUAAGGGCACAGGGCGGUGCCUGGAGGUUGAGAACCGGGGCCUGGCUGGCAUCGACCUUAUUCUUCGAAGCUGCACAGGACAGAGAUGGACAAUCAAGAAUUCCAUCAAGUAGAUGGAAGAAAGGAGGGCACAUGGAGCCCAGACCCAGGGCAGGGCCUGGCCAUCCUCAGAACCAGCCACAUGGUGGAGAGACAGCAGGCACACCAAGGAUGCUCUGUGGACCUCCCAGGCUCCUCCAGGGCAGCCCUGGAUGAAGAUGCUAAGUCCCCCUCAGGCAUUCAGCCUGUAUACUUUGAAGAUCUCCCUCAUUCUUGCGUGGGGAGCAGGGACUGGCACCUUCUGGCUACUAAGGGGCAAGGCCACUCGCAUCUCUCCACUGUGUCAUUUCUCACCCCAGCAUCAGCAGCUGGGUCUGGCAGGGUCUCUCUCUCUUUGUCUCUGUCUCUCUUUCUCAUCUCUCUUCUCUCCUCUCCUCUCUCAUCCUUUGCUGCAGCUGCUUGUGAAACUCACCCUGGCCCUCCAAGAAAUGGGGGACACAGGGAGGAUUUAGCCACAUCCUAGCUCCUCCCUCAUGGAGAAAGAGGAGGCAAUGAGACUCUAAGACUCCAUAUCUCCUGAGGACACUUUGGACCAGAUGCCUGUUUGUCUGCCAAGGCAGCAGCUCCUCGGCCCUUCCCAGCAGGUUGGCUUUGGGACAAUAGUUGUGGACUCCUUUGAAUUCUUGAGGCUUCCUGUCCCAGUCACCUGGAGUCCUAAAUAUGAACAGCGUCAGCGUUUGAGCUAGAGAGAGAUGGAAGUCAGCCCAGCAUGCUGGAGGUUCCCAGCAUCUGGCCAGGAUAGCUCUGCCUGCAAAGGACACGGUGUCCUGGGUUCAUGGAGCUACAAAGAUGUUCUGCGCAGGACAUACAGGCUGCAGUCAGCCUAGCAGAGGACACAGGGCCCUCUGUGAUGCGAUGCUUAAUGCUCAGCUCAUUUCACCCCACGCUCUGCUGGCUGACGGGGGACAGAAGCGGCCGUUUUCCUCUUUUAAGAGUGAUUGCUUCUUUCCAAUUGCCCUCUGGUUAGGGUGCACUUAUAAAUCAGAGUUAAUAUAUGAAUGUGUCUGCAUGCACAGGAAAAGAGUGUGCCUGCCUGGGUGAUGUGUGUGGCUGGGUGUGUGUUUGCGUGCUUGAGCGUGUGUGUGUGCUAGAGCAGAAGUAGCUGUGUGGUCUUGGGCUUGUGGCUUCAUUGCUCACUGGAUGGGGACAAGGAUGCCUAGAAGAAUGAGGGGUGGCCCAGAGGACAUAGCAAGGGUACCCCUUUUCUCAUCUCCCCACUACUGACCUUGGCCAUCUCCUGCCCAGAGCCAAACCCCAUAGGUGCCCAUUGUGGGAUCCAGUGUCUCUUUUGGUGAUAUCCUUAUCAUGGCCUCACCACAUCUCCCCUCCUUGUGAAAUAAAUAUGUUAGCAAUCCCACAAUGCAGCCUGCGGCCUCAUCUGCCUUUUGUUUUUCAUCUUGUUUGCCUUUGUUGUUGUUACUUUGCAGUUGG